UAUGGCAUAUUAAAAGUUAACUAAAAGGUGAACAAACCUUUCUUAAAGUAAAUGACCCCUAACAGCUCAAUUAGUACAAGGGCAGAAAUGGCAAGUUACAACACCAUAAGGUAGAAAACAUUCAUUUAAACAUUAAUUAAACCCAAUAGGAUUGUUUUAACUCCAAUAAGGAUUCAUUCCAUGCUAGUUGGUAUCAAGUACAAGGCACUAAUUUACUAUUACAGAGAUUGAAUUUUGCAUUAUUUCGGAGCUCUCUGAAUAACAGGUUUCUGGAUAACAGAUAACACAUGUAUAGUGCAUCAAAUCUUGACUCCUCCUCAAAUCUUGACUCUUGAACCUACAAACAGGUUGGUCAGAUCCGGGCCUGGCUAUGGCUAUACGUCUGAGGGUUGCAAGCCUUUCUACGCAAUCUUUUAAUUUACUGCAGUGGACCAACUGCUAAAGAUCCAGGGAGCACUCAUGGAGGCAAGAGCAUGGCAACUAUUACCAUCUUAUUUACUAGUAUUGCAGCCAGGCAAGGGCAUUUGGCAGUGAACUAGUAAACUAGCUGUCAAUGGAAGUGCCUGUUUGGAAUAGUGCAAUCCCCAUAGCAAUUGCACCUUUAAAUAAUACUGUGGGGUCAGAAUGCAUUGGCCUAGAAAUAAUAGUUCACAAAUAAAGUUUAUUUGGGUUCUGUUAGGUUCUGGGAAGUAUUGGUGCCCAUAACGUAAAGUAGUUUAGUAUACUGGUGCCAUAUUUUCUCUACAGCAUGCAAAUAAAAUCAGUCAUGGGUAGGGUUAAUCAUACCAUAAAUUAUUAAAUUAAGUCAGAUUCUAUUUUUGCCGACCAUAGGGCUUAUUUACGAAUACUGUCAGUUGCUUUUUACCCACAAUGCAGUGUUUUCCCAAAUAAUUCCUGCGUAAUAGUGGGCACCUGAUAAGUAGUGCAGAUGUGAGUGCUAGGCACAUGCCCCUGUUGCUUUCUCUAAAUGUCUGGUAUCAGUGCUGAAGGGGGUACAAGGUGGGUUGGUUUGGGGUUGCAGAUUGGGUGGUAGUACAGGCACCUUUGUCUAGGGUGGAAGUACCUCUUGGCCUGGUUCUAAGAGUCCACUUCAACUUGCACGGGAUGCAACAUUUUUUGGAUUCAAGUUCCCUUGGUGCAAGUCAGUUGUGGCUACUGCUGCUAAGCAGCUAAGGGAACCCUUAAAUCAGUGCCAGAUCCAGGCUGAUGGUGAUUCUAGAUUUCUUUUGCUUACAACAAGUUGCAAAGGAGUGAUAAUACCUUUCAAAAUAGCAUCAAUGAGUUUAGUUUUGCCUCCAUUCUGCGUUUGUAAAUGAGCCGUCAUAUGCACUGUAUUUCUCCAGAAUGUCCUAUCUUUUGUUUGUUCCUCAGAAUCUUAAGGGAAUUAGGGUAUCAAACUAUAAAGUAAAGCGAUUUGGGUUGCUCAAGGCUAAUAUUAACCUUUCUUCAUAUUCAGCAUCUAUAUAACAUGCUUUUAAAUCAAUGCCUGAUAAAGACCCAAUCACCAUCUUGCAGCAGUUACAUGGGUGACACACAUGUAAUGAUAACUGAUGGGUGCCUUUCAUUCAGUACCCGUGUGGCUCUCUUGUUGGGAGAUAGCAGUGUAAUACUUGAUAUUCUGGCAUUGCACUGAUCCAUAAAAAUGGGUUUUUGUCAGGCACAUAAUUCAAACCUGACAUCUCCCUUUCAUUGUGAAAUGGUUAAUUUUUCAAGCAGGUGACUUCUAAAUUAUGGUUGAAUUAAUAAUGCAUAAUCAUAGCUGUUAGUGGCUGUAACUCGUCCUACCUACCUUUAGGUGCUGAGCGUGGAGCGAGAGAAUACAAAUGACAGAUCUGCUUCUCACUUGCCCUUCUUUUUUUUUUUUUUAUUUUGAACAAGCCCUCUGAAAGCGUGUGUGUGUUAUUUAUAGUCAUUAGAAUCCACCAGGGUGCAAGAGAAAUAUAAAAUGUAAUUUUGUAGUGAGAUAUGAGCACAGGUUUGGCAUGGUGCAUGCUAGGGCUGACCUACAUAGGUAGAGUAAAUGUAGGCAGCAUAGAGCCUUUGUGUGGGAUGCUGGGUUGGGAUGUGCUACAGCAGCAGUAGCAGCGGCAGCAGCAGCAUCCUUUCUAUACACAGACACUUCAGACCCCAGCCAGGAGAGGACAGAACGCUGGAGCACCAGCAGUCACAAGAGAGCCAGUGUGAGCAGCAGGCAGGGGGAUUAUUAGGAAACAAAAGAGAGAAGAGGGGGAGGAGAAAAGCAAGGAACCAAGUCAGAGCCUGCAAUCCGCACUGCUCCUCUCUCACACACAUACACAUCUUUCUCUCUCACUCUUUUCUUUUCCUCCUCGGCCCUUCUUCAUCCCCCCCUUCCUCCCCAUCACUGCACCCUCCCCUAUUCUCUGUGUCUUCCCAGCCUCCUGCUUUAUUUUCCGCCUGCCAUUUCUGCACUCCUCCCCCUCUCCUCUCUCUCUCUCUCUGUCUCCCUCUCUCUCUCUCUCUCCAUCCCUUCCUCCCCCUCCUGGCUUGUCUUUUAUUUAUUUAUUUUGGGCUGCUCUCCUGUCUCUCUCUCCCUCUUUCUCUGUUUUCCCCUUCUCCCUUGUAUUGCUGUGUCUGUAUUUUUUGAGGUGCAUCUGGGGGCUCCCUUUUGCAGUGCUUGCAGUGCAGGUAGUGGGGUCCCCCCCUCACUCUCCUCCUGCCUCAGCCUGUACCCCCACCCCCUGCCCCACGGUGUCCCCCUGUGCUCUCAGCCCUGCUGCAGCCUGUAAAGAUGAUGGCAGCAGCUCCCAUCCAGCAGAACGGGACCCACGGCGUUGUCCCCAUAGACCUUGAUCCCCCAGACUCCAGAAAGCGACCCCUGGAAGCACCCCCAGAGGCUGGAAGCACGAAGAGGACCAAUACUGGAGAAGACGGACAGUUUUUCCUGAAGGUCCUCAUUCCUAGCUAUGCUGCUGGAUCUAUCAUAGGCAAGGGAGGGCAAACCAUCGUCCAGUUGCAGAAGGAGACUGGGGCUACCAUCAAGCUGUCCAAAUCCAAAGAUUUUUACCCAGGAACCACAGAGCGGGUCUGUCUGAUUCAAGGCACCGUCGAAGCCCUCAAUGCCGUCCAUGGGUUCAUCGCAGAGAAAAUACGAGAGAUGCCACAAAAUGUGGCCAAGACUGAGCCCGUCAGCAUCCUGCAGCCGCAAACCACAGUCAACCCUGACCGAAUCAAACAGGUGAAGAUCAUUGUUCCGAACAGUACAGCAGGUCUGAUUAUUGGAAAAGGCGGCGCCACAGUCAAGGCUGUAAUGGAGCAAUCAGGUGCCUGGGUGCAACUUUCCCAAAAGCCAGAUGGCAUCAACCUGCAGGAACGGGUAGUGACUGUGAGCGGGGAACCUGAGCAGAACCGCAAGGCAGUAGAGCUGAUUGUGCAGAAGAUUCAAGAAGACCCACAGAGUGGAAGCUGCCUGAACAUCAGUUAUGCCAAUGUCACCGGGCCUGUAGCCAAUUCGAACCCAACAGGAUCUCCAUAUGCCAAUACUGCUGAGGUCCUUCCUACUGCUGCUGCAGCAGCAGGGCUUCUUGGACAUGCCAACCUUGCUGGGGUGGCAGCGUUUCCGGCUGUUCUAUCUGGUUUCACUGGCAAUGAUCUGGUCGCCAUCACAUCGGCCCUUAACACUUUGGCCAGUUAUGGCUACAACCUCAACACUCUGGGGUUAGGAUUGAGUCAAGCAGCGGCCACAGGUGCACUUGCAGCCGCUGCUGCCAGCGCUAAUCCAGCUGCAGCUGCAGCAGCAAAUCUACUAGCUACAUAUGCAAGUGAGGCAACUGCAGGGGGUGGAACAGCGGCUGGAGCGGCGGGGACGUUUGCUCUGGGAAGCCUAGCUGCUGCCACUGCAGCAACCAAUGGAUAUUUUGGGGCUGCGUCCCCCCUAGCUGCUAGUGCCAUCCUGGGGACUGAGAAGUCAACGGACGGCUCAAAGGACGUAGUAGAAAUUGCAGUCCCAGAAAACCUGGUAGGUGCCAUUCUUGGCAAAGGAGGAAAGACAUUGGUGGAGUACCAGGAGUUGACUGGCGCUAGGAUACAGAUUUCAAAAAAGGGGGAAUUUGUCCCCGGCACCAGAAACCGAAAGGUUACCAUUACAGGCACCCCAGCUGCAACACAAGCCGCACAGUAUCUAAUCACGCAACGAGUCACUUAUGAGCAAGGUGUCCGGGCAGCCAACCCACAGAAAGUGGGUUAAACGCCCACCACCCACCCACCCCCGCCCCUUUCCCUUACCUGGAUGUUAACUUAAUUGUCCCCCUCCCCUUCUUCUUUUCAUGGAUGUACUGUAUUUUUGCAGGAGCGAUUUAUAUUUUAUAUUUUAUUUGAAUUUUCUUUUUUGUUUUAGUUUUGUUAUUGGCAGGGGAAGUGCGCGUCGGGUUAUUAAUAUAUUAUUAUGCAAAUGAACGCAACAGUGUUGACAAAGCGCAUCUGUAAAUAAUACAUGUUCUGCGGAUGUUUCAGAGAGGGAUUUUUUUUAGUGUUUUUUAAAUUUUUUUAAUUUUAUUUUUUUUUUUAUUUGAAGAUUUUUGACAAGUUAUCUCUCUCUCUUGUUAAGGUUUUAUUGUUUACGCGUCAAAAGUAAGUUUUUUGAAGCCUGCCAUUUUACCAGCAUCGUUGUAGUUGAAUAUGAACUGAAUGUAAACAUGAAGUGGCGCGUAGGUUUUUAACCCUGUGAGUGCUGAAGAGUCCAGUAGUACAUUGCAGAGCCACGUGUUACUGGUCCCAUCAGAGCCGCAAGGUAAUCAGUAUUAGUCCUAGGUGACACUCUAACUGAACUACUGUAUUGCUGGGAAACAGCAGGGGAAUUGGGUGGGUGAGAUACCUAUUAAAAAAAGGGAGUAAGGAAAAAUCAAAAGCACUGUCCAACUUCACUCUCACAUCCUGCCCUGGGGUGGCAGGGUACGAGGGGGGGAAAAGUUUUGGAAUAAUAAAAAAAAAGAAAAAAAUAGUUUUAAAUUAAAACAAAAAGAUAUAUAUAUAUAUUAUCAAAAAGCAAUAUAGUUGCAAAAAAGCACUGUAAAAUAUAUAUUAAAAUGGUUAAAACUGUGGAAAAAAAAGAACCUUUUUGAUAAGUUUACAGAUCAGUGUCUUCAUAACAACCUGUAUAAUGAUGAAUAUUCCGGCUGGCCAGCCUACAGAUCUAUAAUUUUAUAAUCUGUGGAUCCCAUCAGGUUUACCUCUUCUGAUGGGUGACAUCUGAUUUUUGCAUGAAAUUGUGUGAAUUUUUUCGUUUUUUCCUUCAUUGGGUUUUCCUUCCGCCCUUCCACGCUCAAAUCUUUAAAAUAUCCAGUCUCUGACCCUUGUAGUUUUAAAAUUGUUUUACGCCACUUUUGAUUUUCCUCCUUCUUCAUUCUGAUUACAAGGCCUUCACCCUUCACCCCUCUGAAGGGUAGGCCAAUAGCUUUUGAGAUGGCAUUCCAAUAGAGACUUUUCAGGUAAUGUACAAGUGAGUGUUAGUGCUAAUUUUCGUAUGUUCUUGACUUUAAGCCACUUUAGCUUGUGUGUACUGCAUACAGGUACACAUGAGUACCACUGCCACCAAUAAUGUACAUAUCUGGCAAAGUCUUCACCUCAGCAAUGAUUUCCCAGUGAAGUUUGUUAUCAGAGUGAAGAAGCAAGUACCAACUGUAGAGUUAUAUAAUGGUUUAAUUUGGGGGUACACGAGACUGGGGUUUUAACUUGACCCUGCAGUGUCUGGCCAGCCAUGCACCAGUUGAUCCAUUAACAUCCUCCCCUUUAGACAUAGAGCUGUGCUGUGAGCGUAUUGGAUAUUUUCUAAGCCAAACUACGCGCACACACAAAAAUAAAGUGCCAACUGUUAGCUGAUGAGGUUUCAUUAUCCGCAACGACUUAGCGAGGGCGUUGCCUUUUAAAACGCUUCUGAUUGUGUAUAAUUUUAACACUAGCGAUCUCUUAGUGUUGUCAAUGUAGAUUUUACUGUGAACAGUAUCUGUGAUUUUUAGCUGUUUUUGAUCCCUCCGGGGCAAGGCUAAACCAGCCGCCGCAGGCUCCGAUAGUCGUUUACCUGCAUGUUCUUUUUCCGUGGGGCAUCUUUAUGUCGGCUUCAGUCAGUACUUCCCUGCAUGCUCGUUUAGCUGAGGUAGAGUUCAUUUCCGGCGUGUGUCCACCUGUCGCAGCGCAGGUUCCUCCAAAGGCCAUUCUUUUCUUUUACUUUUAGAAUAAGCCUUUUUAUGUUUUUCUUAUUUUUUGUUCUCCAAUUGUCACCUCCUUCAUGUUUCCGAGUGCCAACUAGCCAGAUCAUUAUGUUAACCUCUGCAUUUGGGCCACCUCAAGCCACUGAAAACGUGGCUGUUCAUAAACCCAGCAUCUUCUCAUGCUAUGCAUGCAGUCGUAAAAAAAUUCAAUGGACAAGGAAGUAAUUUAAGAAAAAAACACACAAAAAAACAUAAAAAAAUAGUAAAUAAUAAUACUAAAAAAACUAAAAUGCUGGCUACCUCUGGAUCAUCAGGCUGAGAAACCCCAAACAACAGUUUUCCUUCCAUCUCAACUUCAACCCAUUGAUAACGUCCAUCAUAACCAACUCAGUGACAUUUUCCGCUGCUCCUCCUGUGCAACCAAUAACUGAACAAUGAUUGUGAUGUCCUCUCGUCUGGCUUCUCGUCCAGCAUCUCUCUUUCUGAACUGUGAUCCUUUAUUAUUAUUUCGUUCUGUUUACCUUUUUUCUGUUCAUUGAACUUAAAAAUGACCUACAUUACCAUGUUAGUUUGACAGUCUGUCAACAGUGUCCCCUUUUGGUGGACACUUGGAAUUUUGGAGAAAUUAUCUAUCAACUCCCGUUCUUUCCUGCAUUUCCUUCAUUUCCCUCCCCCACCAUCCUUCCCUAGUUUCCUACCUCCCUGUUUUAGUCCACUGUUAUAAACCUUUCCAAAGCUCGGGGGGCCUGUUAUGCAUUGAUGCGUUGAACUUUAGAAUGCGUAGCAGACCCAUCUGGCUGGAAGGCCUUCAGCCAUUCCAAUCUGAUGAUCAAGUCAAUGAUUCUGUUUUCUUCUUUUCCUCCCAUUUUCACUUUCUCUUUGAUUACAGAAAACCAUUUUCAAGAAGAGAAAACUGAUAUAUAUUAAAAAAGGAAUGAUAUUGCUUGUUUUUUUUUUUUCAAAAAAAUGGAAAGAGCAAUUCUGUCGUACAACUGUGUUUUAAUUGGUAAUGGUUAUUUAUCGUUAAUAGUCUCUGUAGCUCUGUAAGUUUUUAUGACAAUACAGUGUAACUAGUGGUUAGCCGAUGAUGCGAAUAUAUUUACUCAUAUCAUUAUAAAUGUGCUUUGUUCAUCCUGUACCAUCACUGUCUCCCGUCUCAUUAUUUUUCCUUGCAUGUCACUAGUUUCAAUUCAUUUAUAAUACAUUAACAGUGAAUAAUACCUGUCAGAUUUAUUUUCCCCACUGUCCUGGUGUGAGCAGGUGCACCAACACAAAGCUCCAGCUCAUCAGCUUUUCAUGUGCAGAUUUCUUCCUUUCAAAAUGAACAUGCUGCAUUAGAGAGAAUUGUCGCACUCAGUGGAUGCCUCCCCGGUUACAGCUGCCAGCUUCUUUAUGGCUAGUCCCUGGCACCCACCACCAACAGAGCUCUACUAUCAUAUACACUGUUGUCAGCUGAUGAUUGCAGGGCACCACACACAAUCUCCAUGGGUCCUUGUAUAUCUAAAGUUACCUUUCAUUCUCUACAGAGAAAGGGACUGCAUAACAUAAUUGUUAUAACUCCUCUGUACUGUGCAGCAUAUUCAUUUCCUUAUUAAAAGAAGGCAGUGCAACUUUAUCCUGAAAUAGGAAAUGCUGCUUCAGACUCUAAAAACAAAAAGGGAUGAUUUAGGCAGACAGGUGGUUUUAGAGGGGUUGCUUAGUUUUUUCUUAUCUUUUUAUCCAGGGUGGGAAAAAACAUUGCAGCUCCUCCAACCCUGUCUAUACCUUAUUAUCAAUUUUCUUGGGGGAGCCGUACAUUCCACUGACAAACAAAGGCUAGUACCAUCAGGGUACGCACAGUCAGCCACCGACGGGUUUACUUAACAUGGCUGUUGAUAUGUUGUACAACGCCUGACAAUAGGGGGCUAAUACAGACUAAGGAGAAUCAUGGAAGAUUAAAUGACAGGGUAAAACGGGUAUCCCAUUUUAAGGAACUAGUACUGUUCUUGGUAGAAGACAAUGUGAAGUGCAUUAAGGGUAAAAGAGUAGAAGGAUUUUUUUUUUACUUUACUACCAAAUAUAAUGUGUUUAUAUUUAUGUAUUUUGGUUCAGGAUCUACUGGCUCCUACUGUAUAUGGUACCAAGACGUUCUGUAGAAACACAUAAAAAAGAUUUGUGAAGGUUGUUGGUCCAUACCUGGCCCUAAUAUGGAGUAGAAAAAAAUGGAAGGAGCAACAUCUAUUCAAUACUUCAAAGAAAAGCCAUAAUAAAUACUAGGAUUUGCAAAAAAAAAACAAACAAAAAACACAUAAGGGCAGUUGCUUUAUCAAUAUAUAUCAAAGAGAGCUGAACAGAAUCCCAAAUACAUUAACUCCCAUAACUGAAGCCAGUUAAAUAACAAAGCACAUGCAGUCAUUAUACAUCCACAUAUUCAGGGCAUUGUUGGAGGUAGGUAGAUGGUACCAAAUACAUUAUUUAUACAAAGAGAAAUUUAUAAUGUAUAAAAUCUUAGAGCUAUAUUGUCCUUUGAAGGCCGUACUACAUAUCAACAGCAAAGGAACCUCUAGCUCAGGAGGUUCUUCAAAACAUUCCAUUGCAGUGAGAGGGUUUAAAAUCAUCUUUAGCAUAUGAUUAUUUCAAUGGAUCCAUUACCUUCUGCUCAGUCCAGAAAGUCUGGCAGAAAACACCACUGUUCAAACUUCUCCAUGAGAAGGGGUUGGUUCCCUGGAAACGUUUACUCGUCACUCAUUCCGACUCAUACCCAGCACCACGUCUCAAAACGGAUAAACUACACAAGAACUUGCUUUUGUCUUGUAAAAGAAUGCCCAACCCAUUCAUGUCUUGACACUGUGCUUCCUUACAGCAUCACCAUUAACUCAGCUUCACUCAUAGAUUCUUCGCACUCAGCACCUCCUGUACAAUCUUAUCUUACCCCCUUCAUCCCUCAGCACAAUACUAUGGAAGUGAUGCAAAGUGGCACUGUUCACCUAUCACAUUCUCCAGUAAAGAGCCAUAAAGAAUCCUGUGGUUGUUAAUAUUUCAAAGCAAUCUGGGUUUGGUAGACCUAUCUUUAAUGUGGGUUCUUAAGAGGAAACGAUACUUCUGUUAUUAGUGCAAUAUUUUAUUGGAACAACAGGAAUUUUUCCAUAACUGCUCUGAAUGAGUCCUAGUCAUUUCAUCGUAGCAGGCCACCUUUGCUUUUUUUAUUCUAACAAUAAUUGUAAUUAUAAGAAAGAGAUGCCAUACAUUAAAGCCUUAAUUUGUGACUCUAGGUAACAAGUAUAAAAAAAAAUCUAUAGUUAGUUUUGGGUUCUUUUAGAGUUGGGGGUAUAAAUCAGUCACUAGUAUGCUUUGACAAAUUAUUUCUGUCCUAGCAUUAUCCAAGAAUUGGACCUUCAGGAUUGACCUGACAUUGCCAUGGAUACAGAGCCUUUGCUGGUCUGCUCAGCUGUCCUUUGGAAUACCUAAUUCACCCUUUAUGUAAAAAAAAGCUUAUUUCAGACCCUGAUUGACAUGAAAAUAAUGCAUUUUGCAGCACAAACCUCUUAUCUGGUAACAGAGGUCCUCAGUUACAAGAUCCUGCAGUUCAGAAGAGGCUAUUGUUGAUUUGCUAUUCCUUUUGGCUGUAAUUAUAGCUGUAUUCAUAUUACACAGAGCAGCCUGUGUGCCCAAGACUACAACUGUGAAGUGAUAGAUUGUAGUAAAGAGGUUACAACUAGAGGCUUGAAUUAAAGCACAGAGCGAUCUUGUGAAACUGUUUGACCCAAUCAUUUGAGGCUGGAAUAUUAUGCACAUUUUUAAAUUCAAGGAUUAUCCCCCUAAUCCAUGAACGUUAAUGCUUUGUAUGGGUUAAUCAUUUAUGUCAGUUUGGGGUGAUUUAAGGUAGAUGUGCCAAACUCAGUGCACAAAUUUAGUCAAGGGAAAUGGUGAGGUGGCCGUGAGCAUGUUUAUUUGAUGGAUGUUCUGGAAUAUAGAACAGUCUUAAUAAAAUUCCAUAUAAUAUGCAUAGGCCUUAUAAAUAACUAAAAGAACCAGUCAAACGAUAUAAAUACUAUAUAGGUAUUUAUAUAAAUAUAGAAUGUAGAGUUUUAUUUUGUUUUAUGCCUUAUUUCUUUUACUGAGGCAGAACUGACUGUGGGUUCUUCACUGCAGUUAUAUAAUAAAGUAUAUAGCUGAAAGCACAAUGAAUAUAUAUAUAUUAAGGGUCACUUUGCUGUCUAUUCUCUUUAUGGACUAAGACCCAACUAAAUGCAUUUGAUUUCCCUGCUUUGUUGAGGGUGGGGGAGGGAGCUCUUAAGAUGAAGAACACCACGUUUCCCGGUGACUCCUUAAUGGCUUUCUCUUUUCAGGGACACUUUCAAUCAAUAUUUCAUUUACUUUGCUGUGAUUGAAUGGGCAUUGGGCAGCACAAUACCCUUCGCAGUUUUAACCGUUUCAUUCUUGUAAUGCACUGCACAGUUUAUGGCCUUCAAUUGAACACUUAUUGGUAUAAAACUGCUUACUGCACUCAAAUGGCACCCCAGACAGUUCCCACUGUGUGAGCAUUAAACAUGGGUUUUGGAGACAUGCUCUUGAAAGUCAAAGUGUGGGUUCUAUUCCUGCCUCAAACAUAGGGCAAACACAGUAUAUCCCUUUGUUAGGGGCAACUGUGUCACUAACAUUGCUUAACAUGGAAGACAUUACUUGAUGGCACAGAAUAAAUGUCAGCUCAUAAAGUCUGGAAAUUCUAUAGGGGGUGACAGAUUUCUGUAACUGUAAUUCAAUGCACAGAACCUGAAAUUUCAUUCCACUUUCCCCUUCACUUUCUUCACUCCCUCCUGUCACUACUUUUCUUUCCAAAUUUGAAAUAUGUGCUCUCCAGUCCAUAAAUGUGUUCAUGGGCAAGGCAAUCAAACAAUAGAAACCAAUAAAAUGCUCCAGCCUAGCCAGUUUGCAGGUUUACCUUUUGCCAAAAUAGCUAUUAGAAUUUUCCAUCCAUUCCAGUUCAUGGGGGGAGCUGAACUCAUAUUUUAAUGUCCGCACAUAAACAUUUGUCUUUCUUUCUCAAAGGUUCUAAGGGUCUGUGGAACUUUCAUCAAGGAUUUAUCUCUGGUGAUAGCUUAAGUUGCCCUGUCUAGCAGUCCAUUCAGUGUCAGAGGAAUGUACAACACCUUGUAUUGCAUGGACUCAUCACAACAGAAGGGCUAUAGCCCCUUUUCUGCUCUUCCCACAAACCUGUUUCUCAUUGCAUCUGUAAUGAACGGUUAUUAAACGCUACCAUGC